GUUCAACUCCACGUCUCGUCUGCAGUAUACGCAGUUACGAGGCCCAAUUCAUCAAGACGGUGACCAGUAUAGCUAGUCAUCUAAACCGGCCCACUUGUACAGCAAGCUUGGUCCCCAAGCUUCUUUUUCUUCCUCUCUACAUCUGCUUUCAGGGAUUCAUAUUAGUAUACAAUCGACAUAAUGCAUAUCAGUAAGAAGCUGGCGGAAGCCCAAAAGGCGGGCACACCGAGGUUCUCUUUUGAGUUUUUCCCUCCGAAGACAGCGCAGGUAUGAACGGAUGCUCUAACGUAUUAUAUAUGGGACUAUAUUGACUUUCGCAAUGACAGGGUGUGCAAAAUCUCUACGAUCGUACGUCCCUUCCCUUCGUCUUCAACACCGAUUUGAUGACUGGUCAACUUUUAAGGCAGACCAUGGAAGACUGACUCUCUGCGCUCUAGGUAUGGAUCGUAUGCACGACCUGGGACCCUCUUUCAUUGACGUUACAUGGGGCGCUGGUGGACGCCUCUCCCAUCUGACAUGCGAAAUGGUCAAUGUUGCGCAGUCCGUUUACGGUUUGGAGACUUGCAUGCACUUGACAUGCACCGAUAUGCCGCGCUCUAAGGUGGAUGAGGCUCUAAAGGAGGCUUACAAGGCUGGUUGCACCAAUAUCCUGGCUCUGCGUGGAGACCCCCCGAGAGAAAAAGAGAAGUGGGAGGCUACGGCUGGCGGCUUCCGUUAUGCCAAGGAUCUGGUCAAGUACAUCAAGGAGCAGUACGGCGACCACUUCGAUAUCGGUGUGGCGGGCUACCCCGAGGGGUGUGAGGACCAGGAUGACCUCGAGCUCUUGAUGGACCAUCUCAAGGAAAAGGUGGAUGCCGGUGGUACCUUUAUCGUCACCCAGAUGUUUUACGAUGUUGAUAUCUUCCUGGACUGGGUAUCCAAAUGUCGUGCCAGAGGCAUUGAUAUUCCUAUCAUUCCCGGUAUCAUGCCCAUCCAUACGCAUGCUGCCUUCCUUCGACGAGCCAACUGGACAAAAUGUCACGUCCCUGAGAGCUGGACUGCAGCGCUGGAACCGGUGAAGAACGAUGACGCUGCUGUCCGUGAGGUUGGUAAGGGAUUGAUUGCCGAGAUGUGCAGACGGUUGCUGGAAGCGGGUAUCUUGCACCUGCACUUUUACACCAUGAAUUUGGCGCAAGCGACGCGUAUGGUUCUCGAGGAGCUGGACCUCAUUCCUCAGUCUACCAAGGCUUUGCCGUGGCGGCCAUCUCUUGGUUUGAAACGCCGCGAAGAAAAUGUUCGGCCAAUUUUCUGGCGGAAUCGCAACGCCUCCUAUGUUGUGCGCACGCAAGAUUGGGACGAGUUCCCCAAUGGCCGUUGGGGCGACUCCCGCUCGCCUGCUUUCGGCGAGCUGGAUGCUUACGACAUCGGGCUGAAGGGGACAAACGAGCAGAACAUUAAGCUCUGGGGUCAACCGAAGACUCUCCGGGAUAUUUCCGAGGUUUUUGUUAGCUAUCUCGAAAAGCGAUUGAAUGCCCUACCCUGGAGCGAGACGCCUAUCACAGGCGAAGCUGAUAUCCUGCGCGAUGAUCUAGUGGAUCUUAAUCGCCGUGGUCUUCUCACCGUCAAUUCGCAGCCUGCUGUGAACGGUGUCAAGUCUUCGCACCCGGUCUACGGAUGGGGUCCAAAGAAUGGUUACGUCUACCAGAAAGCAUACCUCGAGCUCUUCAUCUCGCCUGAGCUCAUCAGUGAGGUGAUUACUCGCAUCGAGCGGAACCCUGACUUGACCUACUACGCCGUUAACAAGGAUGGUGAGCUCAAGACCAAUGCACCAAGCGAUGGCCCCAAUGCCGUCACCUGGGGUGUUUUCCCCGGCCAGGAGAUUAUUCAACCUACCAUUGUAGAGACCAUUAGUUUCCUGGCUUGGAAGGAUGAGGCGUUCCGCCUCGGCUACGACUGGGCGCGGUGUCACUCGGCAUCCAGCCCGAGCCGACACCUCAUCGGCUCUAUGAUGGACACUUGGUACCUUGUUAACAUUGUCCACAAUGACUUCCAUGAGCCCCGAGGUAUCCACCCUCUCUUCGAUGGUCUCGAGGUGCCCGACUUCGACGUGCCUUUUUCCGCACCGGAGAUUGUCGCAGACGACAAGUCCCUGAAGGAUGUUCUUGUCAACGGUUCCGAGCCCGCGCCGGCCGUCAAUGGUGUCCACGUCAAUGGCACCACUAACGGUCAUGCUCAGGCACCAAACUAAAAAAAAAUCUUUGUCCCCUCCGCUCCACCCUUCUCAGCCGUUAUACAUAUAUCUCGAGGCCUUUUAGCUGCCCAAGCUCUCCUUCGCAGUGGCUUAUUAUUCCUUUGUUUAAUAUCUCCAGCGUAU